AUGGCUGCAGGAAACACUUCUGCAGAAACUAGCCUGGGCACAACUUCUGUUAAAUCUACCACUCUGGGCACCACUUCUGCAAAAUCUACUACCCUUGGCAGAACUUCUCCAGAAACUAUUUACCUUGGCACCACUUCAGCAGAAACUACUACCCUUGAAAUGACUUCUGUAGAAUCUACUACUCUGGACACCACUUCUACAAGACCCACGUCUGCAGGAAUUACUAGUCUUGGCACCACUUCUGUAGAAACUACUACCAUGAGCACAACUUUUGCAGAUACUACUAACCUGGGCAAAACCUCUGCAGAAACUACCCUGCGCACAACUUCUGUUAAAUCUACCACUCUUGGUACCACUUCUGCAGAAUCUUCUAUGCUUGGCACUCAUUUUGUAGAAACUAGUACCAUAGACAGCACUUAUGUACAAACUACUACCCUGGGAACAUCUUCUGCAGGUCCCACUUCUGCACAAACGAGUACCUUUGGAACAACUUAUGUAGACACUAGUACCCUGGAAUCCACUUCUACAGGAUCCACUUCUGCUGAAACUACUAUGCUUGGCACCACUUCUGUACAAACUACUACCCUGGGAACAACCGCUGGUCCCACUUCUGCAGAAACUACUACCUUUGGCACCACUUCUGUAGAAACUACUUUCCUGGAAACCAUGGCUGCAGGAAACACUUCUGCAGAAACUAGCCUGGGCACAACUUCUGUUAAAUCUAACACUCUGGGCACCACUUCUGCAAAAUCUACUACUCUUGGCAGAACUUCUCCAGAAACUAUUUACCUUGGCACCACUUCUGUAGAAACUACUACCCUAGGCACAUCUUCUGCAGGACCCACGUCUGCAGAAACAACUAGCCUUGACACCACUUUUGUAGAAACUACUACCCUUGCCUCUACUACAUUGGAAUCUACAACUCCGGGCACCACUUCUGUUAAAUCUACCACUCUUGAAACCACCUCUACAGGACACACUUCUGCAGAAACAACUAGCCUUGACACCACUUCUGUAGAAUCUACCAGUCUGGGCACCACUUCUGCAGAAACUACUCUCCUGAAAACCACAUCUACAGGACCCACUUAUGCAAAAUCUACUACCAUUUACACUACUUCUAUAGAAGCUACUACCCUGGAAACCACUUCUGCAAGACCCAAUUCUGCAGAAACUAUUACCCUGGAAUACAUUUCUGCAGAAAAUACUACAUUUGAAACCAUUUUUGCAGGACCCACUUCUGCAGAAUCUACUACCCUGGAAACCACUUCUGUUGAGUCUACCACUCUGGGUACCACUUCUGCAGAAACCACUUCUUUAGGUUCCAGUUCUGUAGAAACUACCUUGCUCGCCACUUCUGCAGAAACUUCUACCCUUGGCACUACAUCUGCAAACACUAGUACACUUGGCACCACUUCUGUAGAAACUACUACCCUGGGAACAAAUUCUGCAGAAACUACUACCCUUGACACUACUUCUGUAGAAUCUACAACUCUGGACAGCACUUCUGCUAUUAGUACCUUUGGAACCUUUUCUGUGCAGACUACUACCCUGCUUACCACUUCUGUGGAAACAUCUACCCUUAACACCACUUCUGUUGAAUUUUCCACUCUGGGUAGCACUUCUCCAGAGACUACUACCUUUGAAAUCACUUCUGCAAUACCCACUUCUGCAGAAAGUACUACCCUGGGCAAAAUUUCUGCAGAAACUACUGUUCUUGAAACCACUUCUGUAGGUCCCAUUUCUGCAGAAACUUCUGCCCUUGGCACUACAUCUGGAAAAACUAGUAUCCUUGGCACCACUUCUGUAGAAACUAAUACCUUGGGCACAAUUUCUGCAGAAACUACUACCUUUGUAAGUACUUCUAUAGAAAUGACUAAACUGGAAACCAUUUCUGCAUCUUCCACUUCUGCAGAAAUUAGUACCCUUGGCAUUACUACUGUAGAAUCAACAACUCUGGGCACCACUUCUGUAGAAACUACUAUCCCGGGCACUACUUCUGUAGAAACUACUACCCUUGAAACUGCUACUGCAGGACCUACUUCUGCAGAUGCUACCAUGGGCACAACUUCUGCAAAAACUACAGCCCUUGGCACCACUUCUGUAGAAACUACUACCCUUGAAACUGCUACUGCAGGACCUACUUCUGCAGAUGCUACCAUGGGCACAACUUUUGCAAAAACUACAGCCCUUGGCACCACUUCUGUAGAAACUACUACCCUAGGCACAAUUUCUGCAGAAACCGAUACCCAUGAAACCAUUUCUAUCAAAACUACUACCCUGGACACAGCUUCUCCAGAAACUACUACUCUUGGCACCUUUUCUGUAGAAACAACCAUGCUGGCCACCACUUUUGCAGAAACCACUACCCAUGGCACCCCUUCUGUAGAAACUACUACCUUUGGCCCCAGUUCUGCAGAAAGUAGUACCCAUGGAACCAUCUCUGAUGAAACUGCUACUCUGGGCACUACUUCUGCAGGAACAAUUUCAGAAGACACCAUUAUUCUUGGAGCCACUUCUGAUGAAACUACUACCCUGGACACAACUUCUGCAGGACCCACUUCUGCCGAAACUACUACCCUGGGCACAACUACCUCAGAAACUACUACUCUUGGCAUCACUUCUAAACUACUACCAUUGGCACAACUCCUGCAGAAACUACUACUCUUGGCACAAUGUCUCACACUGCCACUUGGCACCACUACUGCAGAAACCACUAUCAUUGGCACCACUUGUGUGAUAAAAACAACUAUGAUAGAUACAGAUUCCUUAGGAUGUACCACCACUUGUACACAAACUACCCUGCAGAAACUACUACCCUUGGCACAAUUCCUGCAGAAACUACUACCCUUGAAACUACUACUACUUCUGAAGAAACUACUACCCUAA